UCGGCAUGUCGUAUGGUCGCUUUCUUUCUCUGCGAUUGUUGAGUGUCUGUGGUUAUGUGUAUGUCUCAACGUAAACGCGCUUGUUUAUUGUGUAUGUUUUAAUGACGAUAUAACGUAAUGGAUGUGGAUUUGCUCAGACCGGGCACGGUACCGAUUUCGCCAGAUACAAUUCUGUGGUUCGAAUUUUUGUUGGAUCCGUCUUUACUGCAGAAGCACUUGUCAAAACCGUUUCCAGAUCCCUCGCCUACAGAUCUGAUAAUUAAAUUUGUGACAAUUAACUCGGAUCAAAAGGAGACCGAGCCAAAAGCCAUUGACGCGGAACCGAGUGAUACAAAAUCUAACGGUACGACCAAAUGGUCUCACAGGAACUUAGCGCUGAAGAUACUCUCUUUGAAAGUGGCAGCAUGUCUCAACUGGGAUUUGGACAUAUUGGAAAAGAAAUUGCCAUUGCCGAUACAAGUGACAUUACUUCAGGAUCUAUUCUAUAUCACUGCUGACAUCUUGGUGGAGAUACCUAUGUUACCAGAGUUCCUUAUAGAAACGGCAUCUGAUCAGCUUCUGUUCACAUUGAUACUGUAUUACAGAUGGCAUUUGAGAGCCAUUACUUACAGAGCUCUCUGUACUAAGCAACCAAAACAACAAUUCCAUAUACCAGGUACGCAGGAGUCGACGUAUGUACCUCCGGGUAUAGUGGAUGAUAUUAUCAGGAAAUUGGAAGCACAUGUACCAAGUAGCAUCAGCGCUUUGAACAGUAUCCUACAGAUGACCAACAUAAAACCAAAGAUUCUCUCUUUCGAGACCUUUCAAAUGUUGACCGAGGAUAGCAUAGAAAUUAAGCAGAACUGGGAAAACAUGUAUCUCGUCAAUAUAGAUGAAUUAAAAUGUCAGAUACACUAUGAUCUCGGGAUGUUUCAUUUAUUGAGAGAAGAAUAUCAGGAGGCAAAGUGUCAUGUCAAACAAGCCAAGGAGUUGUACAGUAAUUUCGAUUCGACGGAAAAAUUAGUGUAUUGCAGAGUGCAAAAGGAAUUUUUGAACGGUUGCUGUUUAGCGUGCGAGGUGCCGCUGGAGGAAGUUACACCCAGCCUUACGCAGCGUUUGCAGGCCUCCAUCAAGGACCAGUAUACUGUAAGUAUAUUUCUGUGCAGCGAUAAAAUCAGUAUUAUAUAUUUUUUGAAUAAUCUAUAUUCACGUUAUAUGCAAAAUCUGCAGAACAUAUUGCAGAUUUUGCAAGCAGAUAAUGUUUUCAGGGAAAUACCACAGGUUUAUAGAGACAAUUUGGAGCUGGACGUGCAAGGGGGGUUGGUCAACCGAAAGUUCGUAGUUGCCCGAGAUCUGUUGCUGCAGAUACAAUGCUUGAACCUAGUUAGGAAAAUUCUUGACGACAGCAUAAUCUUGGGUGAUUACAUAACUGAAAUCAGAGCAGCUGGAACGAAGGGUCUGGAUACUUUCUUCUGGGCUUUGGAUAAUGUUUUGGAAAAAGUGACGACUACUGAAAAGGAACGCAUCGGUCAUUAUCUUCUUUAUCUCGCAAAUACCGCUAACAUAGAAGGUUUCGCUUCGAGAGUACUCAACAGUCCUUCCUUUUCGUCAUUAUUUAAUGAAACGGAACUGACCAUUCUUCGAGACGCGGCUGCUCCCGAUGAGAUGGAUUUGCCAGAUUUGUUAUUGCAUAAUGACUGGGGUAUACCGUAUGUGCCAUAUAUACAAAGCGAGAGGAUCGAAGUGUUUGAAUUGAAGCAGAAGUUGAUAGGAUCUCACGAUUGUCACGUAAUCCGAGAAACGUUGAUACACCUGGAAGGAAAACACCGUACGAAACCGUUGUGGCAGAUAAAUAGCUGCUGGGAACUGCCUAUUCCGUUGCAAAGCGUUGUACUGUCGCUUCCCAGAGGUUUCCUCCAGGAUUAUUCUUACAUCCUACUGGCGAAAAGCCGAGAAUCGGUGUCCGUGAAAAAUUUCUGCGGCGCCGUGAAGCUGCUCAAGGUGUUGGACAGUGAGUUACAGGAACACGUGAAAAGCGGCGGUCCGCUGAUCUUCAAGUUGUGCAAGUUGGUGAGCUGGGAGUGCCUACUCGUCGAGAUAUGGAAGUGCAUCCACACGUGGCCAGCGACUAAUGUCUGUGAUCUGCAAAGUAUGAUUGGACGGAGCAAACAGUGCCUUGGUGCGUUACAAGCGUCCGAUCAGCUGAUCCCGCGACAGGAAAUAGUAGAAUACUGUACAGUCUUUCUUUUAAAUAUGGCCGAAUGGGAGUAUCUUACCAGUAUGGAGAAGCGUUGGAGUUACACCGAAUUUGCAGCUGCUAUUAGCAACGUUUGCCAAGACAUCGUUAAGUUCAAGGGAACCCGCAAGUUUCCACGUGAAGCAUGGGAUAUGGUUUUGGCAGCAUUCGGUCCUAGCAGGGAUCAGCCGCAGAAACGGAGCAGCAGCAGUAGCAACAGCGGAAGCUCGGGUACUGCAUCUAGAGAUAUCGCUGCUAAUAUCGCCAUUACGCUUACUCGGUUGCGGGAACCCAUGGUGCUCACUGUGGUCAUAUCGUUGUUAGCUCGUUUGCGAAACAUUUUGCGCGAUGAGUCUAGCCUGGAGUUGCACGCGCAGUAUUUGUCCCUUUGGCCUGCCGGAGUACCAAACGCAAAUUCGUACAACAUCAGAUACGUUGGAGAGCUGCUAUUCCAGUUGUUAACCCAGGCUCUAAAGUAUUAUCCCUGCAACGUAGCUUGGCUGAGGCUGAUGGGUGAUCUCAAUUUCGUUUUAGGGUAUUACGAGAGCGCAAUGAAGUAUUACUUGGAGGCUAUCAUGGUGGCCAGCGAUUUGUUCAGCCAACCCACGCCACGCGCGCAGAUAGACGAUCUCGUUUACAGAAGAAUGAUCAAGUGUUGCGCGCACUUGCAAUGCUACACUCAAGCGGCUGUACUGUGCCAAUUUUUGGAGGAAGUGGAUUAUUCCCUGGCGUUCAAGAUGGCAGCUAGCGAUCAGAAGAGCUGCGCUACUGCCGACGCCAUGGACGCGUAUUAUCACUGUAUUUGGGACACUACGAUACUCGAGUAUCUUAUACAUCUGCACACAAAGCGUGGGGAGCAUCAUAGAAAGCAACUCGCAAUUAAAGUAAUUGGCUUAUUGGAAUUAAAUUCUAAUAACAACGAAGAGAUCCAGAGGGAAGCGGCCAACAUCCGGAAAGCGAAAUUUUUGAGGGCGUUAGCAAAGCAAUAUGUAUAUUGAAGAAAUACCCGAAUUUUGUAUACGUGUGUAUGUAUAUAUAUAUAUAUAUAUAUGGUGUUAGAUAAAAGAGUAUCACAGAAGUUAUUAUUACUGCUGCACAUUCAAUAGAUAUUUAAUUUUAAAC